GUUGAUCUCCGAGCCACUGACGUGAAGCUCAUGCGCCAGCUGCUGGUCAUCAAUGAGAGCAUUGAAUCGAUCAAGUGGAUGAUGGAAGAGAAAGGAGCCAUCGCUAGCAGAGGCAGCAGCCUGAGUGGCAGCCUCUGCAGCCUUCUGGAGAGUCAAGAGACCUCCCUGAGAGGCAGCUACAACAGUUUGCAGGACGGUAGUGACGGACUGGAUGGCAUCUCCGUGGGGAGUUAUCUGGACACUUUGGCAGAUGAUGUCCCUGGGCGACACACACCUUCAGACAUGGACCAGUUCAGUGACUCUUCUUUUAUAGACGACUCACAGUCCAUACAUAAACACCCCAAGAUUGAGUCUGAUGAGUACUACUGCUUUGGUUAGUUAAAGAAGACGACGCUUCAUGAGGGACAAACGUGCACUUGUAUUUAUGACUUUUCCAUGCUGCUACUUGUGUUAAGCAUUUUAAAAGCACCUUUAUAAAGGACAGCCUAUUUUAAAUCUGCUUUAGCUUUUCUCUUUCAGUGUUGCUCCUAGAUUCUUUUUCC